AUGGCAGCGGUGGUGGCACGCUUGGCGCAGAUCACGGAGGAACAUCCCUAUCUGAAGCCCACCGGCACUGAGCCCACACCACACCAGCUCCUCUACUUCGUCCGCAGGUGUCGCGAGUACAUCAUUAUGCGGAACUCCCAAGAGGCGCUCAGCUGCAUCGAACGCAUCCAGCGCAGCUUAAAAUACGAGAUUGCACAAAUCCGGGAUGCCUUCCGGAGGUUUGAUCACGAUGGCUCCAACUACUUGGAUCAGAACGAGUACAAAUACCUUUGUGCCUAUUUAGGCUGGCGGUGA